AUGGUAAGUGUUAAAAAUCUUUUAGCUGGGUUAAUUCCAAUUUUAGCAGCUUCCUUUUCUCUGGCUGCUCCUGUUGAUGACACCCCAAAAAGCGACUUGAAUAAACGAGGAUUUCAACCUCCAAAACUUGAGUUCAAAGUUUACCACGGAGAUGAUCCUCUGAAGGCAGUUGUUGCAAAAAGAGAUGAUAAGGUACAAUGGCCUAUUAAUCGGGGUCCUACUUUUUAUCUUGCCAAUGUUGCUGUAGGUUCGGAUAAAGAGGAAAUUUUUGUGAUUCUUGACACUGGGUCUUCUGAUUUAUGGCUUUUAGAAAAGGACGCCCAUUGUGUAAUGCCAGGGAAUUCCAAGAGACAUGGCGAUACGGGGGCUGUUGGCUACGUCUAUGAUGAUGAAGGUAGCCUUGUGUAUUCAACUUUCUUUGACGACUUCCCACCACUUACUGCAUUUACAACUAUCUACACAACACAAGUGCUAACAUUAUAUACUACAAAAACUGUGGACUAUGAUCCAUAUCAAAGCCCCAAGACAUCAGAUUUCUUCCCUGGCACUGUUUCCGAUACAGUCACCCCUUCGGAGACUCCAUCAGAUUUCUUCCCUGGUACAGUCUCUGAAAUGGUAACACCUUUGGAGACACCAUCAAAUCCUUCUAUAGCCUCAAAGAGUGUCCCACUUGACCCUUAUCCAUCAGACUUCAAUUUUACACCCUCUUAUUCCGUGGCCAUUUCCACCUCAAUUUCUGUUAUGAGUAAUGUCUACCCUAUACAUACAAAGAAUGGUACGGUAUACACUAUUUCUUCUGUGUCCGAGCAUCCCACUCCCUUCACCACUGCUAAUAUUCUUCCCACUCUGAAUGGAGAAUCAUACACUCAGAUUUCGCAUACAGAUCAGGAAAAUUCUAGUAAGGUUACCAAGAUUUCAAGCACGCAAGGCUCUGUUGUUACAAGCUCAACUAGCUACUAUAAAUAUUCUUUUGCUGGUAGUCUUAUAACCUUGAGCCCCGGUGCACAAAUUCCUACAUUGUCAAUAUCCGAACCUCCUGCAAACUAUACGGGUACUUCGGUUGCACCAAACUACCCAUUGUUUUCAGUUGAUGGAGGUUAUAUUACUUUAUCUCCCGGUGUUGUCAUUCCUACUCCCUCAAAUGCCGCGGAAUCUGUGCUGACGACUUAUUUCUCAAGGCUGAGCUCUAUGGUCACCUCAGUAGUCCAGAAUCUGUUGGAAGCCAAGAAUAACUCAGCUACCGCAACAACAAAAGCAAGAAGUACAUUAAUUGACACUCCUGGUUCUUCAAGCACAAUUUUAAACGAUGGCUGUCUUGCUUAUGGAUCCUUCAACCCCGAAAAAUCCAAUACAUUUAAGGUCAAUACAUCAUCACCUCAUUUCUUGAUAUCUUACUAUGAUAAUUCAAGUGCUUCAGGUGUAUGGGGUAGAGAUGAUAUUACUCUUGGUGGUGUCACUGUGAAAGAACUCUCAUUUGGACUUGUCAAUAAAACUAGUAGUACCCUAGGAGUUUUCGGAAUUGGGCUACGUGCAACAGAAGUUGCCCCAACAAAGUACGAUAACUAUCCUAUUUUGUUGAAAAAGCAAGGUCAUAUUAACAAGGUUGCGUAUUCUAUUUACUUGAACUCGAACUCAGCCUAUCAGGGAACCGUCUUGUUUGGUGCUGUGGAUCAUGCCAAAUAUUCCGGGAUAUUGACAACGGUUCCAAUGACCAGAGAAGAAGGACAAUCGCCUUCUAAAAUGGAAAUUCCCAUCAGUUCAUGGAUUCUUAAUCUGGGAUCUGAAAAUGUUAGUCUUACAAAUACUAAAUAUUCCGCUCUCUUGGAUACGGGAACUACCCUUACCUAUGUUCCAUCGGAAUUGUUCAAGACGAUUUCCCAACAACUUUCAGCUAAUUAUUCCAGUGAUUUGGCUGCCUACAAAGUUGAUUGUUCUGUUGGUCUGCAAGAAUUUGCUUUUAACUUUGGUCAAACCAGUGUUAAGGUUCCAGUUCUGAACUUCAUUUCACAAAGCGGCACUAGCUGUACUUUAGAUAUUAUUCCUCAGCAAGGAACCUAUAUCACAUUCGGUGAUAACUUUUUAACAUCCACUUACUUGGUUUACGACUUGGAAGAUUACACCAUUUCACUUGCUCAAGCCAAGUAUACAGAUGAAGAAAAUGUCGAAAUUAUCAAUGACAAGAUUCCCGGAGCAUCGACUCUUGAUGAAUCAUCUUCCCUUUACUCAGAUACCCCUCAUGCAUCCGGCCCAACUUCUGAAUCUACUGCUAUGGUUCAUGCUCCAUUAAUAAAACGUUCAAGUGGAGUUUCUGCUCUAAAAUUGAACUUUAUGACUAUCUUAAUGGGAUUAGUCAUAUCUCUUUUACCUUUAUUUUGA